CUUGCACACCUCUCGAUUUUCACCUUUAUGAUGAAGCGUGAGGCGGAGCCGUCGUUCGAGGGCGGUUCCCUCAAGCGGCCAUGCACGGCAGAGGAGGUGGAGAAGCUCAUCGACACCAUCGCCGAACACAAGGUGAGAAGAUGAUGUACUGCACACAACCGAUUCCAGCAGGCAGGCAGGCAGGGAGAGAUCCACGCAUCCCUUUGUGCAUCUGCCCGUCUAUCCAUCGGCUGCCUGAUCUGAUCUGUCUGAGUGUCUGUGCAGCGUCGCGAGUACGUGUACAUCGCCCGAGCUGUCGAGCAUGAGCGGGAGAUCCACAAGGAGCGGACGCAGCUGCAGCACUGGCGCGACACCCACGAGACCCAGGAUGGCCACCUCAAGAGCGUCCUCAUCGACCCCUUCGUCAACAUGGAGAUCAAGCUGCAGAGGGAGAGGCUCCUCGACAAGGAGGAGCGCAUCCGGGUGCUCGAGGAGGAGCUGCAGGCCAAACAGUUCGACCAGAAGGAUCCGUAAGCAUCUACGCAGCAGGGCGGGCAUGCCAUGGCUGGGAGGUUCGGAGUGUGUGUGCUCGUGCGUGUUUGUGUGGUUGAUGUGCAGGGUGACGGGGAAGCGGCUGAUCAACAAGCUGAGGACGUUGAAGGACGAGAACGCUGACCUGGGCAAGACGCAGGCCGAGGGGACGCUGCAGGUGCUCGAGAUGAGACUGGGCAUUCUGCAGAAACAAAACCAGCUACUCAGGAACAAAUGCAAGUGAGGCAGUCAGUCAGUCAGCAGUCUAUCGAAUCGACCAUCCAUCGCUGCUGCCUUCGUCCAUCUGUGUCUUUGUGUGUAUGUGUGUGUGUGCGUCAGGGAGCAGAUUCAGUUUAUGCAGUGUCUGGACGAGGAGAACGAGACCAUGCAGAACAGCCUCAACCAAAGAGCUGCGCAGCUCCAGGUAGCAAAGGCACACUCUGCCGCUGUCAACGCCUGCCUGAGCUAGUGUGUGUCUGUGUGUCAGGCUGAGCGCACCCGCAGCGCGGAUCUGGAGCGUCGUUUGGCCGAGGCCGAGGCCACGAUAGCCCAGCUUCGGGGGGGCGGGAGAGGUGGGGGUGGAGGCGGCGUGGGAGGGGACGGCGAUGGAGGCUAUGUGGCCGACAGAGAUGCGAUCAUGACAGGAGAGGCAUAGCUGGGUGUAUGCACAUGCACGGCUGCGGAUGGCUUGCGUGGCGUCAAAGGCCUCGUGACGUUUUGACUGCGUGUGCUUGAAAUCCGCCACGAUGUGCUUCUUGGUGGUGGCCAGCACGUGACCACACGAAGAAGAACGUCGAGGUCUGCUUCAAGGAGAUGCAGAGUGUUGUGCAGCAGUGGCUGCAGCGGCCGGACGUGUGUGCACUCAGCCGGACGACUUGCGGUCCAUCUGACUGUCUGACUCAGCUCCAUGCGUUUCCUAAAGUGUGCACCUCCGAUUCAUGAGUGAAUGAUUCAUGGAAGAGGUUCGUGUGCAAUUCUAGUGUUCGUGUGUCCACUGAGAGGCCGG